AUGGAAAAAAAUUUACAUCAAAUUUUUAUUGCAACCUUAAGUUCUGAUCCUAAUAUUAGAAAAGGUGCAGAGUCACAAUUAAAACAAUAUUCUAUGGCAUCCGGUUUUAUUGGUGCAAUACUUGAUCUUAUUGCAACAAAUGAUGAUAUUUCUAUAAAACAAGCUGCUUCAAUUUAUUUAAAGAAUAGGAUUGGAAAUGCUUGGGAAAGAAAUGAUUCUGAUUCUAAAAUUUCAGAAGAUGAUAAACAUCUUUUUCGGAAACGCUUAUUGCCAACAUUAUUAUUAGUUCCUCCGAUAAUACAUUCCCAAAUUAUAUCAAUUGUUGGUGUUAUAUUGUCUCAUGAUUUUCCUGAGAAAUGGUCCGAUUUUAUGGAUCAGGUUGUUCGGCUACUUAAUUCUCAGGAUGCUCAUUAUAUAUAUAUUGGAUUAAUAAGCUUUUUGGAAAUAUCAAAAGUAUAUAGAUAUAGAUCAGGUGUGCGAAGACAACCUUUUGAUGUUGUUGUACAAACUGUAUAUCCUCGUUUGUUAGAAAUUGGUGAUCGAGUUGCUAGUGAAAAUGAUUCUAUUGCUGGUGAAAUGUUGAAAAUUAUUUUUAAGUCUUAUAAAUUUUAUAUAACGCUUGAGCUUUCUCCUUUUAUUCAAGAUUCAAUUGUUCAAUGGGUUACAUUGUUUUUGCGUGUAAUUAUAAGAGAUCUUCCAAUAGAUAUAGUUAUAAAUAAUCUUGAAGAAAGAGAGCAUCAUUCAUGGUGGAAAGCUAAAAAAUGGGCAUAUUCUAACUUAAAUUGUUUGUUUAUGAGAUAUGGAGAGCCAUCAAAAUUGUUUAAAGACACAUUAAAGAAAUAUAAAUUUUUUGCAAAAAUGUUUUCUGAAAAUUUUGUUCCUGAGAUAUUGAAAGUAUAUUUACAGCAAGUGGAACUUUGGAGUGAUGGUAAAAUUUGGAUUAGUAAACGUUGUCUUUGUUCUUUAAGUAUUUUUUUUGAAGAAUGUGUUUUUCCAAAGUCUACUUGGACUUUGCUUAAAAGUAAAUGCUCUUAUUUGAUUUCUCAUUUUAUAUUUCCUCUCCUGUGUAUAACUAAUAGCGAUAUUGAGUUAUGGAAUAAUGAUCCAGUUGAGUAUAUUCAUAAAAAUACAGAUAUAUAUGAUAAUUUUCAUUCUCCUGCAGUUUCUGCAACUAGUUUUUUUAUUGCAUUGGUUGAUAAUCGUAAGAAAUUUACUUUUAUGGAAAUUUUAGAAUUUAUAAAUGAUAUUCUGAAUACUUAUCAACAAACAUGCUUUGAAGAAAGAAAUAGCAAAGAAAAAGAAGGCGUGUUGCGGAUGAUUGGGAGUAUAUCGCACGUUAUUUUAGCUAAAAAUAGUCCUAUUAUAGAUAAAAUGGAAAAUUUUUUUGUUAUUCAUGUGUUUCCUGAAUUUUGGAGUCCUUACGGUUAUUUAAGAGCACGUGCGUGUGAGAUUAUGACUAGAUUUGCGGAUAUUCAGAUUAAAGAUCAAAAUAAUAUUGCGCGAGCAUAUGAAGGAAUUAUAACAUGCUUUCAUGAUCCCGAGCUUCCUGUUCGUCUUGAAGCUGCUUGUGCUUUGCAGCCAAUGAUUCAACAUGAAUAUGUAAGAAAAAUGGUUGUUUCCCGUAUUCCUCAAAUAAUACAACAACUACUUGAUCUUAUAAAUGAGUUGGAUAUUGAUACUCUUACUACUGUAAUGGAAAAAUUUGUUGAAGUUUUUUCUGAGGAACUUAUACCUUUUUCUGUACAAUUAACUGAACAAUUGAGGGAUACUUUUUUACGAAUUAUGCAUGAAUCUGAUACAUAUGUUGAUCAGAAUUCUGAGUUGGUCGAAUCUAAUUAUGUUGAUGAUAAAAGUAUGAUUCUUAUGGGGAUUUUGAAUACAGUCGCGACCUUGAUAUUAAAUUUAGAAAAAGCACCUGAAGUUUUGUUUCAUAUAAUUAAUAUUAUAUCUCCUGUUAUAGUGAUUAUAUUAGAAACUGCUUCAGUUGAUUUAUAUGCUGAAAUUUUUGAAAUUAUUAAUAAUUGCAUUUUUUCUGUAAAAAAAGUAUCACCUAUAAUGUGGAACAUAUAUGAGUUAUUAUAUAAAACUUUUAAAAAUUCUGGAAUUGAUUAUAUUGAUGAAAUUUUUCCUGUCCUUGAUAAUUAUAUUUUGUAUGGUAGAGAACAAAUGAUAUCUAAUCCUUCAUAUUUGAUUAUUAUAUAUGAUAUAAUAGAAACAAUAUUUACAGCAGAAGAUUUAACUACACAAGAUAAAAUACAUGGAUGUAAGCUUAUUGAAUCUGUUUUUUUUAAUUUAAAAGGUCAUGUUGAUCAUCAUUUGCAUUCUUUUGUAAAAAUGGCUAUGAAUCAACUUAUGAACGAUCUCUGCAAAUCAUUUAAUUCUAGAAUAUAUUUUAUAGAAGUUAUUAUUAGUGCUAUUUAUUAUAACUCUUUAAUUACUCUUCAAUAUUUAGAAAAUUGUGGUUGGAUAGAGCAAUUUUUUAAUUUUUGGUUUUCUGAUAUUGACCGAUUUUCUCGUGUUUGUGAUAAAAAGCUUUCUAUUGUUGCAAUAUGUAGUUUUUUGUCACUUUCAAUAGAUCAAAUACCUAAAUGUAUUCAAAAAGAGCUUUCAUGGAUUUUUCGGGAACAAUUAAAGUUAUUUCAGACUUUACCGCAGGCUAUAGAGAAUCGUGAAACUAUGGAAAGGCUUUUACAGGAUGAUUCUGAAGGGUUUUCAAAAAAUGAGAAUUGGAAUGAUGAUACAGAUGAUGUAGUUGAUGAAGAUGCUGAUAAAGAUAUAGAAAAAAAUCAUGACUAUUUAAAUUCUUUGUCUCAAGAGGAUUGGUUAACUUUAGCUACUAAUGACGAUAAUUAUACUCUUGAAGAAGAACCUUACGACACUUUGUUAGAUAAAAUUAAUGUUUAUGUAAUAUUUAAGGAUUUGAUUGAUGGGAUGCAACAGUAUAAUCAAGCAAUGUAUAAUGAAAUUACAAAGGAUUUGUCUCAAGAGCAUUAUUUGAUUAUUCAGACAAUUAUAAAUCAAGCUUAUGCAUCUAGUGUUGAAUUGAAAUAG